GAAAUAUACCUUAAUUAAUAGGCAUACAUGCUCAUUUUUCUCCCUCGUACACAAUUUUAGUUGUUGUCCAGGCAUUGUGAUACUUAUGUAAAUAGUAUGCGAUAUCUUAGGUAGGAAUCAGAAUUUUAAGGUAAGAAUACGUAGAGUUAUAUAUUUUUCAAACUUUCAAACUGGACAUUUUACAUGUCCAUUAUAUAACUGUAAUUAAAUUUUCAAAAAGACAAUACCUGUCUUUAAUAUGGAUGAUGCUCUAACAUUUUUCUUUUUCUUUUUUUUUUUUUUUUUUUUGGAGACAGGGUCUCACUUUCUCCCAGGCUGGAGUGAGUGGUGCGAUCAUGGCUCACUGCAGCCUCAGCCUCUUAGGCUCGAGAGAUCCUCCCACUUCAGCCUCCCAAGUAGCUGGGACCACAGGUGGCACAGAAUGUGGUCCUGUACACAGGCGACCCCAACCUGGGGUGGAGCUGUUUGAGGCAGCUGGAGACAUCUUCUUCAAUGGGGCCUGGGAGCGGGAGAAAGCCAUGUCCUUCUACCAGGACCGGGCCCUGCCCCUGGCAGUGACUACGGGCAACCGCAAGGCGGAGCCGCAGCUGUGCAACAAGCUGGUGGCAAUGCUGGCCACGCUGGAGGAGCCCCAAGAGGGCUUGGAGGUUGCCCACAUGGCCCUAGCACUCAGCAUCACUCUGGGGAGCCACGUCCUCACACUUGCCCCUUUGGCAUGCACCCCCGGGGACUGGUUGAACGAGGGCGUGGCCUACCACAGGCUGGCCGCCCUGCACCACCGGCUGGGCCAUGGCAAGCUGGCGGAGCACUUCUACCUCAAGGCCCUGUAGCUCUGCAACUCGCCACUGGAGUUCGACGAGGAGACCCUCUACUCCGUGAAGGUGUACCUGGUGCUCGGUGACAUCAUCUUCUACGACCUGAAGGACCGGUUUGAUGCAGCCGGGUACUACCAGCUGGCACUGGCAGCCACCGUGGACCUGGGCAACAAGAAGGCACAGCUGAAGAUCUACAAGCGGCCGGCCACCAUCUCCCACAACUUCCUCCUGGACCGCGAGAAGUCGCUCUUCUUCUACCGGAAGGCCAGGACCUUCGCCACAGUGCUCAAUGUCUGCAGGGUCAACCUGCCUCCUCUGCCACUCUGCGGGUGGGCCCCCUGGUUGGCCCCAGCCACCCUCGCUGAGGACAGCAUCCGAGGGAGUGGGUUUUGUGCAAGGAGGAUGGUCUCCUGCCUCUCCUGGUGUCUCCCGUGGCUCAUUUUCUGGGAAAUGGAGGCAUGAAAGCAGGGUUCAAAUAGCAAUAAUUUUUUUUUGCAAUAACA